UCUCACCCUCGCGCUCUCUUCGCUGCCUUUGAAGGGAAAUGGGCGCGCGGGCCCUUCUGAGGGGCCCGCGCCUUUUCUGCCCGCAGCCCGCGGUGGUUGCAAAGAGUGUUAGUUCGAGAUCUUCGUCCCGCCGCCGUUGCCUCCUUUUCUUCCCUUCAGCGGCGGCGCUCAAGGCUGCGGCGUCUCGCUGUGCUACAGGUCCCGGCGCCCUCAAUCUUUUCGAUCGGCAACUGAAGAGGAAGCAGAAGAACUGGGCGGCGGCACAGCCAGAGCCGGAGCGUUGCGAGUAUCUGCGGCAAGAGGUUGCUGGUAGGAUAGCUGACCGUGUGUUUGACAUAACCAGGACUUUUCCCCUUGCCUUGGAUCUUGGCUGUGGACGAAGUUACAUAGCUCAGUAUAUAAACAAGGAUGUCAUUGAAAGGCUUUUUCAAGCAGAUGUUGCCGAAAAUGCUUUGAAAAACACAAUAGCAUCGGAAAUACCCAGAGUCAGUGUUAUAGCUGAUGAAGAAUUUCUUCCUUUCAAAGAAAAUUCAUUUGAUCUUGUUGUCAGUGGACUGAGCUUGCACUGGGUAAAUGAUCUUCCCAAAGCAUUGCAUGAGAUACAUCGAGUCCUUAAACCAGAUGGAGUAUUUAUUGGUGCCAUGUUUGGGGGAGACACCCUCUAUGAGCUUCGUUGCUCUUUACAGCUGGCAGAACUGGAAAGAGAAGGUGGAUUUUCUCCACAUGUAUCUCCUUUUACUGCUGUCAGUGAUUUAGGACAUCUACUGGGAAGAGCUGGCUUCAACACACUGACUGUGGAUACUGAUGAAAUCCAAGUUAACUAUCCAGGGAUGUUUGAAAUUAUGAAUGAUCUACAAGGUAUGGGAGAGAGUAAUUGCUCUUGGAGCAGAAAACCUGUGCUACACAGGGCAACUAUGUUGGCGGCAGCAGCAGUGUACACAGAAAUGUAUGGAAAUGAUGAUGGAACCAUACCUGCAACAUUUCAAAUAUAUUACAUGAUAGGUUGGAAAUUUCAUGAAUCACAGGCAAGACCAGCACAGAGAGGUUCUGCAACAACGUCAUUUGGAGAUCUGAGAAAAAUUAAUGAAUUAAUUCCUGGAGGGAAAAAACUCUGAGAUGUGGUAUAAUAGUGGCAGAUAUAUUGGCAGAUAUAUUAGGACUUCGGAUAUUCAGCAGUUGUCACAUUGCCAUGUGCUUUUCAAAAUUAUUUCCCAUCAUACUUUUCCUUAGUGCCAGGAAAAAAUACAAUAUAUGCAUGUGUACCACUCCACUGACUUUAUGUAUGUAAACAGUGUUCACAUAGAGCUGUGAAUUUUUAUUCUAUAAUUCCAAAUAAAACAAUCGGAUUGUUUAUU